AUGACCUUCCCAGCCCUUCCCAUCUACUCCCUUCCUCUCCUCCUUCUCCUUUCUCAACUGGACUCCGUCCUCACCUGUCGUACUGCCAGGAAAUCCCAGUGUGACUCCGCCCCCUUCGUCCCCGGUCACAACCUGGCAGGGGAGGGGUUUGACGUGGUGACCCUGAAACGUAAAGGGGCCUACCUGAUAGACCUGAAGACCUACCUGUCUCCCAAUAAAACCUGUACACUGUGUAGUAACCCCCUACAGGGGGACAAGCUGCAGAAAAUACCCCUGUCUGUUGUAGACUGGAGGCCCUACAGCCACUGUACUGAGGAUAUCUCCAGCCACUCUCAUGCCUCUGUCAGUAACCUGGCACAGUCCACUACCAACGAGAUCUCUACAAAAUGGAAGGGGGGUUUGAGUAAUGAGGCGAAGGUGUCUGUAAGCGUACCUGUGGGACCGGUGAGUGUGAGUGUGGAGAAGGAUGUGGGCGCUAGCAUAGAGAUGGGAGGGUCCCAGUCUGAUGUAGCCAUCUUUGCCACAACCAAGACCAAAGAGGACCGCCACUCUUUCUUCUCACAGAAUCUCCGCUGCCGUCACUACAGUUAUCGCACUCCAAACACUCCAACUCUCAGUGAUGAGUUCCGUAAGGACAUUGAUCGUCUGGACUCAUACUCUAAGACUUCUAAGGCCCAGUACCGCCGGCUCAUAGACACCUAUGGGACUCACUACAUCCGCCAAGUUGACCUGGGAGGCCGGCUGACGAUGACCACAGCAAUACACACCUGUCAGGCCUCACAUAGUGGCCUCUCUACAAACCAGGUGGAAUCCUGCUUGUCAAGGGGCUUCCAGGUAAACGUUGGGAUGUCAGUUUCCUCUAGCGACGAAAGGUGCUCCAAAGUUCUGGACAACCAUGACUCGAAGACCUCCUACAGCUCUAGCUUUCUCAGCCACCACACUAAGGUGGUGGGAGGCUCUGGUUGGCCGGGGGAGCUGUCACUCAACCGUAACGACUCAGUGGUGUUCCGUAGUUGGAUGAGAACCUUGAAGAACAUCCCGGACGUCAUCUACUAUUCUCUAACGCCUCUGCACCUGCUCAUACCCAACACGGCUGUCCAGCAGGGAGUGAAGGAGGCUGUCCAGGAUUACCUGAAGGAGAACGCCCUCCCGAAGAGCACCGGGGAACUGUCCUGUGGGGAUCGUUACUCUAAUCUGGACUCAAACUGCUGCCUCAGGAAGGUCUCACAGGGAGGACUGGUGGUGACGGUGGUCAGAGCCUGGGAACUUUGGGGAGACUACUAUUGGAUAGCGGGAGACACUGAGGGGUACGCUGUGGUCACCUACGGUUCCAAGUCCCAUAAGACCAAUGUGAUUCCGUCCAACAAUCCUGUCUGGAAUGCUACCUUUGACAUGGGUCCCUUUGACAAAGACCUGAGUCUAAAUGUGGCUGUCUGGGAUGACGAUCCUGUGGAUAAGGAUGACAACCUGUUGGGCUGUACCUUCGACCUCGAGCAGGGAACACACGGACACUGGUGUAACAACAGCUGGGAGAGCUUUUAUUUCCUGUACACCCUCAACUGUGACCCUGACCUGACCGGGGACAAAUCUCUGUGUUCCCUCAGCUCUGUGUUCCCUCAGCUCUGUGUUCCUUCAGCUCUGUGUUCCCUCAGCUCUGUGUUCCCUCAGGGCUAUAUUCCCCCAGCCCUGUGUUCCCUCAGCCCUAUGUUCCCCUAG